AUGGAGAAGUUGUUCGUCGUCUUUUUUCUUAUUCUUUUUUGUAGCUUCCAAUAUGGCUUUGCGACAGUUCAUCGAUAUUCAUUUGUGCUUAAGGACAGUUCCUACACGAGAUUGUGCAACACUACGACGAUCUUAACGGUGAACGGACAAUUCCCCGGUCCGACGUUGUACGUCGCCGAAGGCGACACCCUCGUUGUCGACGUCAUCAACCGAGCUUCCGAAAACGUAACAAUUCACUGGCACGGAGUGAAGCAGCCCCGAUACCCGUGGUCGGACGGGCCUGUUUUCAUCACCCAAUGCCCUAUCCGGCCCGGAACGAGAUUCAGCCAGAAAAUCGUGCUUUCCGACGAGAUCGGGACCCUGUGGUGGCACGCCCACAGCGACUGGUCUCGAGCCACCGUUAAUGGCGCAUUGAUCGUCCGGCCGAGGAAGGGAAAUGACUACCCCUUCCCGAAACCCGCUGCCGAAAUUCCUGUCAUUUUAGGCGAAUGGUGGAUCCCGGAAAUUCGAACAGUCUUCGGAGAGUUCUUGGAGACUGGAGGAGACUCGAGACUUUCAGAUGCUUUCCUCAUCAAUGGACAGCCUGGUGAUUUGUAUCCGUGUUCGAGUCGAGGUAACGAGCUCGAUUUCUGUCCGAUCAGGUUCAUUCUAGCUGCUGAUUUCGACGUCGACUACUUGCAGAUACAUUCCGGCUGA